UCGCUCCCCCUCUUGCAUUGGCUUCUUGUUUUCAAACUGCCUACUUCUUCCUCCUCUUCAGAACAUUCAGAACAAGACUCAAAUUACCCCGCCCCCGCUUCCGGCCCCGUACAUUGCAACGUGCUCAAGAUGGCGUCUCAAACCUUCAAGCUGAACUCGGGAUACGAGAUCCCCGCCGUUGCUCUUGGCACAUGGCAGUCCGCCCCCGGCGAAGUCCAGAACGCCGUCUCCUACGCCCUAAAGAUCGGCUACAAGGCCAUUGACGGCGCCUACUGCUAUGCCAAUGAGGAUGAAGUCGGCGAAGGUCUCAAGCAAGCCUUUGCCGACGGCGUCAAGCGCGAGGACAUCUUCGUCGUCACCAAGCUCUGGGCCACCUACACGAUUGGCGAUGACAGGGUCAAGGAGGGCCUGGAGAAGAGCUUGAAGAGCCUGGGCCUCGACUACAUUGACCUUUUCCUUGUUCACUGGCCCAUUGCCAUGAACCCCAACGGCAACCACGACAGAUUUCCCACCAAGCCCGACGGCUCCCGCGACAUCAUCCGGAGCCACUCGCAUGUUGACAUCUGGAAGUCGGUCGAGAAACUCCUCGAUACGGGCAAGGUCCGCUCCAUCGGCGUCUGCAACUACAGCGUGAGGUACCUCGAGGAGCUCCUCCCCCAGGCCAAGGUCGUCCCUGCCGUCAACCAGAUCGAGAACCACCCCAGUCUGCCCCAGCAAGAGAUUGUCGACUUCUGCAAAGACAAGGGCAUUCACAUCAUGGCGUAUAGCCCCCUCGGAUCGACCGGCGGCCCCCUCCUAACCGCCGACCCUGUCGUCAAGAUCGCCGAGAAGCGCGGUGUCACCGCCUCCACCGUCCUACUGAGCUACCACGUCGCCCGCGGCAGCACCGUCAUCGCAAAGUCUGUCACUCCGGCCCGCAUCAAGGCCAACCUCGAGAUUGUCGAGCUCGAUGAGGAGGACCUGAAGGAGCUCCGCGCCUACUCGGACGAUCUGACCGCCAAGAAAGAGCUCAAGCGCUACGUUUAUCCCGCGUUUGGUGUCGACUUUGGCUUCCCCGAUAAGUCUUAGACGUAUUGAUGUUCUUUCCCAACACAUAGAGUGAAUGAGUAAAACCGAUUGCCUUUUUCUUUGUACAAUGCGAUGGUGAAUUUGAGUUGCGAAUCAACACUAAAUAUACUCAAUACGCACCGAUCCUGAUAGGCGGACAUAAGCCGUCCAAAUCAGCCAAUCCCGCAAAUUCAAAAUACCAAUUAAUGCACAAGGGCAAGAAUAAGUCAACUAUCAGAUUGGGCGAGACAAUCAGAAACUACACCAAUUAUGUUGUAUCUUUUCGGCCUUUCUCUAUUCCCGUAUUUUUGUUUGUUUGUUCAUUUUAACUGUAUAACCAGUAUACGUCUCCUCCUCAACUUGACGUAUCUACUAGAACCUUCAGCACCAGGUUGCCAUUUUCAUCC